UUUAAUAUGAUUUUUAGAAACCGGGCAUUCCUCAAGUUUACUUCUUCUUCCUUGAAAGGUGCUCAAUUCUCCACAAGCACGGCUGCUUCUCAGGCAAAAAGUCGAUUCCAACCCUAUGCUCAAAAGCUAGCCGGUGCUUUUGAACCAGCCACUUAUUGGGCCACUGUCGGUAAAGAAUUGAUUCAACAAAUUUACCAUUCUCAAAAAAUGGCCAAUCCUUCCAAGGUUCAUUCGCCAUUCUUGUUCUGGAAGAGUCAAUCUUCUGAAACAUGGGGUCGUAACUUUUACUUAGGCGUUGAAUUGCUUGGUAUUUUUUGCGUUGGACAAAUGAUCGGUCGCAGAAAGGUUACUGCUUAUAGCCAUUAAUUUUCUUCCUUCUUUUACUUUCCAAGUACAUGAAUGGCUAUGAAGUGACUGAAAGAUAGAGAUAUCUCUUCCGCCAACCUAAAUAGGUGUACAACUAAUCUCUUCUACAUACUGUUCGAAACAUUUUGUUUAAAAUAAUAAAAUUGAAAAUCAUUCAAUAGCUUGAAGAGUGUCCUGUUGAUAUCCUAUUCAAUUGUCAACAUAAAUGGGUUAGCAUGGAGAACGG